GUGUGCUGACUGCCGAGACGAGAGACGAGGCGAAGCCAGCCAAAACUGCCCUCCCCUCAUGGCCGACGCCUUUUCUUCCCUUCACCACAUUUAACGCCACCACCUCCCUCGAAACGGCAACUGCGUGACCUCCUGCUCUCCUCUCCUCUCCUCUGCUCCUCCACCACCACCACCUCCCUCUCCCCCAGAGCUCACCAGACGCCACUAGCUCCGCCGGCAGAAGCGAGGCGCGGAGGCGCGCGCGCGAUGGGCAACUGCCAGGCGGCCGAGGCGGCGGAGGUCAUCGUCCAGCACCCCGGCGGCAAGGUGGAGCGCCUCUACUGGCCCACCCCCGCCGCCGAGGUCAUGAAGACCAACCCCGGCCACUACGUCGCGCUCGUCAUCCUCCGCCUCUCCCCCGACGACAAGGCGGCCGCGGGGGACGAGGCCGCGGCGGCGGCCGCCGUCGCAGGCGCCGGCGCCGCAGCGAAGAUCACCCGGGUCAAGCUCCUCAAGCCCAAGGACGUGCUCCACCUCGGCCAGGUCUACCGCCUCAUCACCGCGCAAGAGGUGACCAAGGCGCUGCGGGCGAGGAAGAACGACAAGAUGCGGCGGUGCGAGGCCAUCAAGCAGCAGCACGACCAGCUCCGGCGCGGCGACGGGGCGGAGCAGGGCGCCUCUGACAAGGACGCGAACGCGAACGCGAAGCAGCGGGGGGAGAAGGACCGGCACCGGGGCUCCGGCGGCGCGCAGCCGGCCGGUGGCGGCAGGGGCCGGCACUGGCGGCCGUCCCUGCAGAGCAUCUCCGAAGCCGCGGCGGGCCAGAGCAGCAGCACCAGCAGCAGCAUCUCUGAAUCCACUGCGAGCUAAUCGCCGGAUUAACAAUCCGCUUUUCUUCUCCUUUCUUUUGUUUUUCUUAGUAGUAUAAAAGUGCUUGGAGGUGGGACCUACCAGAAGAAAAAACCUGUAAAAAUCAGAGUACCAGAGCAGCAGCAGCAGCAGCAAUAGCAACGAAGCUUGUUUCAUCUCUCGUGUACUGUAGUAAUUAUUGCCGUGGUGAAACUGUGAGUGCUUUCGAUGGA